AUGGAUUCGGGAAGAGACACCAGUCCUACCUUACCCAAACUAGCCAACGAUUACCCAGAUGAGAGCUCAUCUAAACCCCCUCAUAAGUUGGGUGAUAUGCAUUUGCCUCGGUUUUCACUGAAGCAAGGAAUGAUCCCAACACGUUACGUUAUGCCUUGGAAAGAAUGUAUGAAAUUCAGGCGUGUGAAUGUGAAGCAGGCCAAGGCAAACGGGAUUUACACCGGCUCAUUAGAAGACACUCUGUUUUUGAACUGCAGUGAAAGGCUCUGCCACGGAGAAGACCGCAACAUCGUCUUAAAGAAAGGCUCCUCAGAAAUCAAGGUCACAGACAUGCCUAUGUAUUCCCCGCUCUCCAAAUACCAGAGCACCGUGAUCUCCCACGGCUUCAGGAGGCGGCUGAUCUGA